AUGAGUACUCUAUUCGAGUUCUAUAAAAAGAAUCUAAAGCUUAGCAACAAUGCGACCUUCAUGCAACUCAUACAACUAGAGAGCAUUCAUGUACGUCUAUACUUUCCUAAAUCAAAUUACGUCAGUAACAAGAUUUUAGAAAAACUAUAUGAUCUCUUCAUUAUGAGCACUGUAUCAGAUCCCGAGGGUCGUAGGACAAGCAAAGGAAUUGUAUUUAACGGAAGGAUUGACAGAUCACGUCUCAAUGAUCUACAUGUUUACUGUAGUGAGAACCUUUCGAUAAAUAAACCUAGAAAGAUUGUUGCCUAUUUCCCUUCUUUCAACUUUCUAAAAGUAUCAGCAAUAACAACAUCAGACAGCUCUAAAGCAAUUAAAGAGGAUGAAUUCAAGAAGAUAUACAAGAAGAAUCAUGCUCUUUUUUCACAUGUCUCCUCUCUGCUACCCACCAAAGACAAUACCACUAAACUAUACAAAGCAUCUACAUGGGUACUCUACGAGAAAGAUGUCAUCAUUUCUGACGCUGACUACAAAGACGAAGAAUCGGGUUAUACUUCAACUCUAACCAAAUACGUAGAACCUACACAAAGAACUUCUUCUACAACUACAACAACAACUUCAACCGAUAAGAAGAGAAAUAAGAAGAAGAAUGACACUACAACAGUUAGACAAAGAGAAGUUAAAGAUUCAGAAGAUACAAAUCAAAACAAGAGAACUCAGGCUCCAGCAGAAACUAAUCACGUCACAAUCACCUCACUCAACUCAUAUUUCAACAAAAAUAAUAAUAAUAAUAAGAUAAUAACUACUUCAAACGGUCAAGGAACUGGGGUUGCAAUCAUCUCUCAUUCCAAGCAUAUCAAUCUAUACCCCUCUCUCAUCGAUCCUAAUGGAAGAUUCAUUCUGUGUACUAUAAGAAUAUUCAACAAUAGCUUCAAUCUCCUACAUAUAUAUGCUCCAGCAAGCAAACCAGAGCAAAGAUUGUUUGCUGAUCAACUCUUCAACAACACUUCUCUUUGGUUACCAAACCAUAUAGACAUUUGCACUGGCGACUUUAAUUGUAUACCAGGAGACAGCUCACCACUAUCAACAAUAUUAGAUUUCCUCAGCGAUGAUCAUGAUCUUAUUGAUCUAGAUAGUACAAACAACAGCAGCACUUGGAAACGUGGCGAUACAGAAAAGAGAUUAGAUAGAAUAUAUUGCAAAUUUACAAUAGAAACAUCCAACUUCCAACUACACCCUAGAGCACUAUCUGACCACUCACCAAUCACAACAAACAUAAAAAUCACACCACCACAACUAUCACAAACACAGUGGAGACUCGAUAAGGAAACUUCACUAGAACCAGAAGUACAAUCACUUAUUAAUAACAUUAUCACCACCAACAACAUCAACAACAUAGAAGACUGGAUAAAAAAUGCUACAUAA